AUAAUAAUUGUGAAUACUGAUAUUAGCCUUAGACGCGGUCAGGGAAUCACGAGAAUGUAUAUUAUUUGCAUUCAUUUGAAAAAGCUGUAUCGAUUAGGAGACUGAAUCUCGAUUGGUCCGUGUCGUCCAACCAGAGCCCUACAAAUGUGCACCUUGAGGCGGAAGACGUUUAUUUCCCCAGUUUGUUGCAGCUCUUGGUCUGAGCACAAUGGAUCAAGUUACCUCACCGGCAAAGAUGGAAGCGUCCCGAGCCGUUCAACUUCUCGGCUGGAUGAAAAAUAUACUGUCAGUGGUGGGCCUUUGGCCGCUUGAAAUCAACGAUAGGCGGUUUGCCUUCAGCAUGAUCUGCAUGGUUGUUCACAUAAGUUCGGAAUACGCCGACUUGUUCCAUUUCAUCGGCAGCCUUGAACACGUCGUUUCGAACCUCACGGAGACGAUAACAUACAUGGUGGCCACGUCUCAACUGGCACUUCUACGUAUAAACAGUCGGCAAUUCAGAGAAGUGAUUUACGAGGUUCAAGACAACUUGCAGAGGGAGAGUCACCUGACCUCUGAACAGAGAAGAAUUUUUUCGAAAUACUACAGUAAGACUAGGCUGAUCAUUCAGCUGACGGUACUGGGGGAACUUACAACCGCUUUAAUCAACUACUUCGCACCCAUCACUAAAAUUUUGGUCACAAUAAAUAGGAAUGGUACAACGGAAUUGGACCUGCCGUAUCAGUCGCGUACAUUCUACGACCUGUCGAACAUCUAUUUAUACGUGUUGACGUAUGCUGCUCAGCUUCCCUUCAGCGUUGUCAUGUCUGUGGGGCUGAUCGGUCCCGACUGUCUGAUCGUAUUCCUGACGCUCCAUGUCUGCGCCCGCUUGUCAAGCUUGGUGGAACGCAUCAAAAACAUUCGUACGAACCGUCAAGUAUGUUGUCAGGACAUAAAGGAGUUUGUCAGGGGGCACAUUCGACUGAUAUGGAUGGCGAAGACUUUGAGGAAGGCCUCCAGCGUUCUCUUAUUGACACAACUCUUCGGAGGAAUUCUUCUCAUAUGUAUCCUGUCCUACCACGUUUUAUUGAGUGCCGAGGAAGGACAAAAAUCAAAUUUUGUCAGAUUUACGCUGUACGUAAUGAGUGUGACUUUCUUCAUAUUGAUCAAAUGCUACGUCGGCGAGAGUCUUAUUCAAGAGAGUGACAGAGUACAUGAAUCGCUCAGCGAGUGUCGAUGGCACGAAAUGUCAACCGAGCAUGCCAAAUGGAUGGUAAUAUGCAUGGCCAGAGCACAGCAGCCACUUGUAAUGACAGCUGGGAAAUUCUACACAUUCUCUUUGGGCAGUUUUACCGAAAUAAUCAAAACAUCAAUGGCAUAUCUGUCAGUGUUGAGGAAUCUCAUCUGAUGUCACUCAGUCGACACAUUGUUUACUUUUAUGUUAUAUAAUUGUUGUAAUACAGGGAUAUACCGAUGAUUGACAAUAUAGAAACAGUAAUCAGCUGUUGAUUUUUUAAAUACGAUGUCUAAAUUAUUACA